AUGGAUAGACGUCCUCCUACACGCACUAUCCUAGUCGUCGGCGCGACAGGCCAGCAGGGUGGCUUCGUGCUUUCGGAGUUGGCGACGCUCCUCUCAAGCAAACCCCCAAGCACCGAUAUCAACGUCUUGGCCUUGACCCGGACCGCCUCCUCGCCCAAAGCACAGGCCCUGGCGUCCAAGUAUCCGAGCCUACGCCUCAAGGUCGUGGAAGGCGACACGCGGAACCCGGGCCCGAUCUUCGAGGCGCACCCGCAGAUCGACGCCGUGUUCAGCUACACGACGCCGCCGGACGAGGAGCCGCAGGCCAAGUUCCUCGUCGACGCCGCCGCCGCGCAGCCGAGGAAGAUACACUUCGUCUUCUCGAGCGUGGACCGCGGCGGCGAGCCCGAGAGCUGGGACAGCCCGACCGACAUCCCGCACUUCAGGGAGAAGCACAACGUCGAGGUGCACCUGAAGGCCAAGGCCGACGCGUCGGAGGGGCGCCUGACGUACACGAUAUUGCGCCCGACAGCUUUCAUGGAUAAUCUCAACCCAGGCGGCGCCUUCGGCAUGGUAUUCGCCAGCCUAUGGAGCACGAUGCCGGCAACCCCAAAACUGCAGCUCGUCAGCGUCCGCGACAUCGGCCUUUUCGGCGCGCGGGCGCUGCUCGCGUCUACCGCCUACGACGACCGCCAGUUCGUCAACCGCGCCGUCGGCCUCGCGGGCGACUGCCUGACGCUCGCCGAGGCGCGUGAUGCGUACCGUCGCGUCUCCGGCGGCCAAGAGCUGCCGCAGGCCUGGUGGGUCGUCGGCUGGGCCGUGCGGGGACUAGUCGCCGCGAAGAAUGUGGGGGCUAUGUUCAGCUGGUUCGAGACCGAUGGGUAUGGUGUGGAUAUUGAGGGGUUGAGGAGGCAAGAGCCGCGGCUGCAGACUUUUGAGAUGUGGUUACGGGAGAGCAGUCGUUUUGACUUGGGGGAGAAGUGA